AUGUCCCUCCCCCGCGGCCUCAAAUCCGUCCUCACCAAAGCCCCCACCGACGUGGUCAUCCUCUCUGCCCUCCGCACCCCCAUCACAAGGUCUUACAAGGGCGGCCUGAAAGACGCCUACCCCGAAGAGUUGCUGUCCACCGUCCUCAAAGCCACCCUCGACGCCAACCCCAAUCUCGACCCGAAACUCAUCGAGGAUGUCGCCGUCGGCGUGGUCCUCAACGAGCUCGGCGGGUCUAAGGCUGCCCGCAUGGCGCUCAACCACACCCCCGGUUUUGACACGAGCUCCACCUCCCUUUACACCGCCAACCGGGCUUGUGCCUCGUCGCUGCAGGCGAUCACCUUGGUUGCGAGCCAGAUCAAGACCGAGAUGAUCAGUGUUGGUAUUGGAGCCGGUAUGGAGAGCAUGACAAGGAACUACGGCACGAGGGCGAUUCCAGUUGAUGUCUGGCCUGAGUUGAAGGAGAGUCCCGUAAAAGAGGCGAGGGAUUGCGUGAUGAGCAUGGGGAUCACGAGUGAGAAUGUUGCCGAGAGGUAUAACGUCUCGAGGGAGGACCAGGAUGCCCUGGCUGUGGAGUCUCAUGCUCGUGCUGCCCGCGCGGUGAAGGAGGGGUGGUUUGACAAGGAGGUUGUUCCUGUCCACACCAGGUUCCAAGAGGUGGAUAAGCAGGGGAAUAAAGUUGGGGAGGAGCAGAGGGUGAUUGUGACAAAGGAUGACGGGAUCAGGGAGGGGGUCACGCUUGACAAGCUGGCGAAGCUGAAGCCGGCGUUCAAGCCUGAUGGGAGGAGCACGGCGGGGAAUUCCAGCCAGGUUAGCGAUGGGGCUGCGGCGGCGCUGUUGAUGAGACGGAGUACCGCUACUGAGCUUGGGUUGACGGGGCAGAUUAUGGGCAAGUUUGUUGCUAGUGCUGUUGCGGGGUGCAAGCCGGAUGAGAUGGGGAUUGGGCCUGCGAUUGCGAUUCCUAAGUUGUUGAACCAGCUUGGGUUGAAGAGUGAGGAUGUUGAUCGGUGGGAGAUUAACGAGGCGUUUGCUUCCCAGGCGCUGUACUGUGUGAGGGAGUUGGGGUUGGAGAAGGAGUUGGUGGCUGGCAAGGUCAACCCUGAUGGCGGUGCUAUCGCGCUGGGUCAUCCUCUUGGUGCUACUGGUGCGAGAAUGGUCAGCACGCUCAUGCAUGGUCUCCAGAGGACGGGUGGUGAGGUUGGUGUUGUGAGCAUGUGCAUUGGUACUGGUAUGGGUAUGGCUGGUGUUUUCGUUCGGGAGUAA